AUGGCGGGAUACUCUUUAAUCCAGGAUGAUGAAAUCUAUUCCCAAACUUCAGACAGUGUAUUAUCGGGUGAUAUUCAUAGAGAUAGUUUUUCGGAUCAAGCACCUCUUCUCGAGGAUGUGGAAGAAGAUUCUGAAGUUCAAUAUGGAAGUGCCAGUCACUUUUCUUGUGCUAUAAAUCUUUCUAAUACUAUUCUUGGUACAGGAAUGUUGGCAAUGCCAGCGGCCAUUGCAUCAACUGGUCUUUUGUUAGGUAGCAUAAUGAUUUUUUAUGCAGCCUCAGCUUCUGCUCUGGGUCUUUACUUUUUAUCACUUGCGGCCGUUAGUACAAAAGGACGCAAUUCAUCAUUUUUCGCAGUAUCAAAACUGACUUAUCCCAAAGCUGCCUUAUUCUUCGAUAUUGCAAUUGCCAUAAAAUGUUUUGGCGUUGGAAUUUCAUAUCUCAUUAUAAUUGGAGAUUUGAUGCCUCAGAUAGUUGACUCACUAGUUGGUAGUGAAAAGGCCGCCGUAUUCAUAGACCGCCAGUUUUGGAUAACUAUAUUCAUGAUAAUAAUUGUGCCCUUGGCGUUUCUUAAAAGACUGGAUUCCCUCAGGCACACCAGUCUUAUCGCUCUUUUAGCAGUAAUUUACUUAUUGUUUAUCGUUAUAUAUUACUUUUUUGGACCCGAGUAUCAAGCACCACCGAAGGACAAGAUACAUUUAAUUAAAUUUUCCUCACAAUUUUUCACAAAUUUGCCAAUUUUUGUAUUUGCUUUUACAUGCCAUCAGAAUAUAUUUUCUAUAUAUAAUGAGCUUGAAGAUAAUAGUCAAAGUAGCAUUAAUGGCGUGAUCAUUGGUUCCAUUGGCACCACAUCGAUGAUUUAUCAAGUAAUUGGGAUAUUGGGAUAUCUCAGCUUUGGGGAUGAUGUGUCAGCUAAUAUAAUAUCAAUGUAUGAAUCGAGCACAAUCGUUACUAUUGGUCGUAUUGCAAUCGUAAUUCUAGUACUUUUCUCCUAUCCACUCCAAGCUCAUCCAGCUCGUGCAUGUUUAGACAAAGUGCUUCUGUCUUUACAGUCAAGACCUGACAAAAUUCCAAGAUCACCAUCAGGGAUAAGAUAUAUUCUAUUGACUAGCGGGAUUUUAAUAGGAAGUUAUAUAAUAGCUAUGCUUGUAUCUGAAUUAGAUAUAGUGCUCGCGUUCGUUGGAUCUACGGGUUCGACUUCAGUUUCAUUCAUCCUUCCUGGCCUAUUUUAUUACAAACUCAAUGAAAACUCACCAUGGGAUACUAGAAAAAUAUUAUCUGUAUGUCUAGCAACUUAUGGAAUAUUCGUGAUGACCAUCUGUUUAACAUCAAAUAUAUAUCGAGUUUCAUACGCCCUUUAG